AGUUGCCAGGGGACAGCUUUGUCGUAGAGCAUACAACAUGUACAGUAACUUUGUCGCUCAACCUAAACGUGAACGAUCAACCUCGCUCACUCUACUUUCUCACUGACCUUUGCAGCUAUAACUUUGGUCCCUCUUCUGCCAUUCAUUUCUUAAUCUCAGCAAACCAAACUACACAGAAUGGGAUCUCUUCAAAGCCUGAUCUCCUUCAUAACCCCUCUCUUCCUUCUUCUACUGCUCGGUCAUUGUGGCGAAUCAACUCAGCCUCCGUUUUCCUGUGACUCUUCCAACCCAUCAACAAAGUCCUACACUUUCUGCAAAACCUCACUACCCAUCACAGAAAGAGUCCAGGACCUUGUCUCCCGCCUCACAUUGAAUGAGAAAAUCUCUCAGCUCGUUAACUCGGCGCCUCCGAUCCCCCGGCUCGGCAUCCCAGGCUACGAGUGGUGGUCCGAGGCUUUACACGGCGUCGCCAACGCCGGACUCGGCAUCACUUUGAAUGGCACAAUCCCGGCUGCCACAAGCUUCCCUCAAGUCAUUCUUACUGCUGCUUCCUUCGAUGCCCAUCUCUGGUAUCGCAUCGGCCAGGCGAUUGGGACAGAAGCCAGAGCAGUGUACAAUGCUGGGCAAGCAAAGGGCAUGACGUUUUGGGCUCCAAACAUAAAUAUAUUCAGGGACCCAAGAUGGGGGAGAGGGCAAGAAACACCAGGAGAGGAUCCGUUAGUUACAGGAAAAUAUGCAGUGGCAUAUGUGAGAGGCGUUCAGGGAGAUUCCUACGAGGGUGGGAAGCUCGAGGACGGGCAUCAUCUUCAAGCUUCGGCUUGCUGCAAGCAUUUUACAGCUUACGAUUUGGACGACUGGAAGGGCGUGAACCGAUUUAUUUUCGAUGCUCGUGUCACGCAGCAAGACUUAGCAGACACAUAUCAGCCUCCAUUUGAGAGUUGCAUAAAAGAAGGUCGAGCCAGUGGGAUAAUGUGUGCUUACAACCGUGUGAAUGGGGUCCCAAGCUGUGCAGAUUAUAAUCUUUUAUCCAAAACUGCCAGAGGAGAAUGGGGUUUCCAGGGAUAUAUCACCUCAGAUUGUGAUGCGGUCUCUAUCAUCUAUGAAAAUCAAGGAUAUGCUAAAACGCCAGAAGAUGCAGUUGUAGAUGUCCUCAAAGCUGGCAUGGAUGUGAACUGUGGAUCCUACUUGCAGAAUCACACUCAGAAAGCUGUAGAGCAGAAAAAAUUAGGUGUAUCUGAAAUAGACAGAGCGCUUCACAACCUUUUCUCUGUCAGAAUGAGGCUAGGAUUGUUUGAUGGGAAUCCAGUUCAGCUGCCUUUUGGCAACAUCGGUCCAGAUAAAGUUUGUACCAUAGAGAACCAGGAUCUAGCCCUUGAGGCCGCUCGAAAUGGCAUUGUCCUGUUAAAGAACUCUGACAGACUGCUUCCACUGUCACAAACAACAACCUUGUCCCUUGCUGUAAUAGGCCCUAAUGCCAAUUCUUCUAAAACACUUCUGGGAAACUAUGCAGGCCUUCCAUGCAAAUCUGUUACCCCGCUGGAAGGAUUGCAGAGAUACGUCAAAAACGUAAUCCACCACCCGGGUUGCAAUGCAGUGAACUGUUCUUCAGCUGCAAUUGAAGAAGCAGUCAACAUAGCCAAGGGGGUGAAUUAUGUGGUUUUGAUUAUGGGACUGGACCAAACUGAAGAGAGGGAGUCCCAUGAUCGUUUGCAUUUAGUGCUUCCUGGAAAACAACAGGAACUUAUCACCAGUGUUGCAAGAGCAGCCAAGAAACCUGUUGUUCUGGUUCUUCUUUCAGGAGGUCCAGUUGAUAUAUCUUCAGCCAAGUAUGACAAAAAUAUCGGAAGCAUCCUGUGGGCUGGUUAUCCAGGCGAGUCUGGAGGAACUGCUCUUGCAGAAAUUAUCUUUGGCGACCAUAAUCCAGGAGGAAGAUUGCCAGUGACGUGGUAUCCUGAAGAGUUCGUAAAAAUACCAAUGACAGACAUGAGGAUCAGAUCGGAACCAUCAUCAGGCUAUCCUGGGCGUACAUACCGUUUCUACAAAGGUGAAAAGGUGUUUGAGUUCGGUUAUGGCCUCAGCUACUCAAACUAUGCUUACAACUUCUCGUCUGUCACACAAAGCAAGUUUCAUUUCCAGUUGAAUCAACCAUCAAAGGCUACACAGACACCGGAAGCCAAGUUGGUUUCAGAGCUGGGGGAGAAACUCUGUGAGAGGAAGAAGUUCUCGAUCACCAUUGGCAUAAAAAAUAAUGGAAAGAUGGCCGGAAAGCAUCCUGUAUUGCUAUUCACAAGAAAGGAAAAACCUAGCAAUGGGAGUCCAGUUAAACAGCUGGUAGGUUUCCAGAGUGUAAAGCUAAAUGCUGGGGAAAGUGCCGAAGUUGGAUUUGUGUUAAGUCCCUGUGAACACCUUUCCAGAGCCAAUGAAGUUGGCUUGAUGGUGAUUGAGCCAGGACUACAUUUCUUGGUUGUAGGUGAUGAAGAGUAUCCGGUUUCCAUCUCCAUUUGAAACUGAGGUACCCGCUUAUGAUCAAUAACUGUGUAACACUAAGUUGUAGCCAUUUCGGUUCAUUGCUUAGAAACUGAACCUGAAAAAUUCAAACUGAAUGAGAUGCAGAUACAAAUUAUAAGCAA